AAUAAUAUUGUUGGGUUAUACAUCGAGAUAGUCAAAUCAUGGAGAGCCAUGAUGAAAGUACAUUAGAUAUUCCAAAAAUAGAAGAUUCUAUAGAAUUGCAAAAUCCGUUCCCGAAUGUUACUGAAAGAUAUUAUACUGAAAGAUAUAUUGUGGAUGACAAAGGAGGAAAAGAAGAUCAUCUUUUGCUGUUUCACACAAAUCGUAUAUGUAUCAUUACUUUAGCACCAUCACAUCCUGUAUUUAAGAGAAAAAUUCUGAAAAUCGAUUAUGUGAUUGGCAAUGUAGAUCGAACAAAAAAUAAAAUAUCUGGCAAAGGUAAGAAAGGCGGACAAUAUUUACAAGAGAACUCUAUAAUUUGCAAGAUUAUUUGUGAAGAUGAAUAUGUAUAUAAAGUAAAAAGUUAUAUUAAAGGCAAAUUAAUAGAGGUUAAUGAAAACAUUUUACAAGAUCCAUCUUUAUUUUUACGUGCACCUUGCGCUGAAGGAUUCUUGGCAAUCACUUUACCCAAUAUUACCCAAAUAGAUAUGUGGAAGAACAAAUAUUUAACAAAAGAACAAUAUGAGAAGAAUAACUUUAAUUCAGUUUUGUCUGAUUGAAAAUAUAAAUAAAAUGUUUCAAAAUAG